AUGACGUCAUCUGAACUAUGCUUAGGCACAUGUUCUUUUGCAUCAAAAUUUACCAGACCACAACAAAAUAACGAUAUACUUGGCAAUACUAUUGAACAUGCGACGAUAGUUCCUGACUGGUUUCGUAGAACUAAACUGUGCUACGAAUGGUACGCGGGAAGAGAUGGAGGCCAAUGCGGCGGGAAAGCUGCACGCCAUUUGUGUGCAGAGGUUAAUCAAAUGACAAAGUAUUACCAAGACGAUACAGAUGAUCGAAAGGGUGGAUGCUUUAUGAGAUGGGGUCUUUUUUCUAGCGGUUACGACGACUGGUUUAGAAACGUAAAGAUAUGUUAUAAAUGGUCCGCUGGUGGUGAUAGAGACCAGUGUGGAGUCCAUAUUCCAAACACCUUAUGUGGAAGUAUCAAUAGCUACACUAGAUAUUAUAUGGAUGAUUCAGAUGACAGGGCUCAUGGUUGUAAGAUGCAAUGGAUGCUUUCUGUUCCGUCAAGUGCACCUCUUUGGAUGCAAAAUGCUGAAAUCUGUUUCGAAUGGUACCCAGAUAAUGACAUUGGACAGUGUGGCGGAGGUGUACAGAGGAAAUUAUGCGCCAGUGCAAACUCGUAUACAACAGUCUACCUAGAUGAUACCGACGAUCGUAGAGGUGGAUGUCAGAUGAGAUGGGGCAUUAAGGUCACCUAAAAAGACACUUUUUGUUAUUUAAUACUAAAUAUUAGUGCUUUUAAUCAAUCCUAAAUUUGAUUGCUCAUUUUAAAAACAAUAAAUGAAAUGAUUGACUGACACCAUAUUAUUGCUUAUAAUAGCUUCGUCUCAAUAAAUGCACACCACGAAAGAGAGAAAAUAA